AUGGCUUGGGAAGACGCCGUAGGCACAGUCGCCAGCAUUUCCAGUCUUUUACAGAUAGCCUGCGAGGUCACCAAGCUCAGCUACCGCUACCUAUCCAGCGUUAAAAAUGCGCAUUCCACUCGGAGGGAAUACUUGAAAGAAGUGAACGCCCUUGUGGUAGUUUUGCUACACCUCAAAGAAGCCCUCAACUCAUACACCCCAAGCCUUCAGGAUAAUAACGCCAAGGCUAGAACGACUCAGCUGCGAAAUAUAAUAUCUGACUGUCAAGACGAGUUGACCGAGAUCGAAACGACACUGGGGAGAGUGGCAUUGGGCGUCUUGAAGUUAUUUUGGCCACUCAAGGAGAAGGAUCUCCGAGAGCAGAUCAACACAUUCCAACGUUAUCGGAGUAUGUUUGAUAGCUUCAUGUCCGCCAAUAUCCUCGCCACGACGACUGCUACCUUAUCCAGGAUCGACCCAUUAUUGCUGUCACAUGAGCGCAGCCAACUCCUCGCCGUUCUUCCUCAGCCAGACACCAUCUCUAAGCCACGGACUCUCACAUGUCCUGGCACUGCAUCGCUGGUUGUCAAGGACCUCUUGCGGCAACAACAACAACCGGGCAAUCUCUUGUUGACCUAUUUCUUCUGCGACUUUGCCAACGAGGAUAAGCAGAAAAUUGAAGUAGUGUUGCAAUGUAUUGUCUACCAGCUGGUUGUGCAAGGCGACGCCGAGAUUGUCCAAAUUGCCAAAGACACGCUUUCCCAGUUUGACGCAUUUCGAGAUCCAGAUAUACUGGAAAAGACAAUUAGGCGGAUUUGCAAAUCUGGACAGCCAGUGGUGCUCAUCUUGGAUGCCGAGGAUGAAAUGCAAUCGACAGAGCGCCUGAUGAUGUAUUUCUCGAAAUUCGCAGCACACGGCUGUCGAAUCCUCCUCACCAGCCGGAGACCAGAGACAGUUUUGCCUACGGGCAUAGCCUUAGCCUCCGAUUCCAUUGUCUCGGUCAAGAUGGAAAGUCCAACUGAAGACAUCCUCAAGCUUGCUGAAAGCCGCUUCAGGGACAGUGUUUUCAGGGACAGCGCCAGUUCUGAGUUGCUUGAACGAAUCGUCGAAAAGUCCAACGGGACAUCAGUGAAGGAAGUGAAGAAAAUCCUUGACUCUGCCCCAAAAGAUCUCGAUCAAGUUUUCGAGUCAAGCAUUCGAAGGAUUGAUGAUCAGCCUUCAGCUCGCGCGGCUCUGGCGCAUCGAGUCAUUGGGUGGAUCAUAAAUGCCAGACGACUACUAACCGCCGCAGAAAUAAUUGAUGGUUUUGCUAUUGAGGAAGGCAUGGAUGAAAUCGAUCCAGAGGCAAUGACAAAUGUUCAACUUCUGCUCAAUGUUUGUGCUGGGUUGGUCACCAUUGAUGAGACUAGCACAAUCAGACUCGUCCACACUUCCGUUUACGAGUUCUUUCAGCCCCUUAAAUACGGCCUGACCGAAGUGCAAGUCGAUAUUGCCCAGGCGUGUAUUCGGUACCUCUGCGCAAAGCCAAUGUCUACGGGACCGGCCAAAGACGUUGUUGAUUUACGAAAGCGCCUUGAUGACAUGCCGUUUCUGGAAUAUGCAUCGCACAACUGGGGAGGCCAUAUAACUGACCAAACCACCGAGGACACAUUGUCAUCUUUGAUCCUGCUUUUACUGGAUAACGAAGAUAUUCGCUGGAGCUCUUUCCAGGCACUCCAGUUUGAUGCAAACAUCAGCAACGCCACUGUAGGUGCUGAUAUAUUCGCAUCGAUUCCGCACGGUCAGGCUGCAAUCCACGUAUCGGCAUACUGGGGACUACCAUUUGUGACCAAGAGCCUACUCAAAAUGGGUCAUCUUUCGUCACCCCGUGACUCAGAAGAAUGGACACCACUGCAUUGGGCAGCAGCGAACGGCCACGUGAACGUCGUGGCAGUACUAGUAGAGGCUGGGGCAGAACUAAAUGCGACGGACUCUGAAGGAUGGACACCAUUAUUUUGGGCGUCGUUCCGUGGGCAUAUAUCAACUGCCGAAACCCUGCUUCAUGCUGGCGCAGGUUACCAGGUAAAAAGCAAACGCGGUUUGACCGCCCUGGAUUGGGCCAUUGGUCGUGACGAGCUUGACAUCGUCUGGCUUCUACUGGAUUGGAAACCGGCGUCUGGCAAGUCACAAGAUACAACACAAACAGGCCUGACGCUACCGGGCCUUGCCGCUAUCGGAAAAACACUCGGUAUGGAGUCAUUCCAGGGGAAGUUAAAAACGUCCAGAUUUGGAAACACUGAGUCAGCCAUCCGAGUUGACAUCUCUCACCUCACCUUAGAUCCGACCGAGGAGCCCCCUUUGGCAUCCGAAUUACACACCUUCACGAUUGUCGAUAUGUACGGCCAAUUUCGACCCCCAGUUUCCAGAUCCACCUGGAGAACCCACCAAAAGGCCGAGAAGAUUGGCAUUAAGGAACCAGCCACUUGGAAGUCGAACCUCCUGCAGAGUGCUAUCAUAACAGGGGAUAUAGCGGUGGCACGAAUGCUCGUUAAACUUGGGGCUGAUGUUAAUGCUCAAAAGCAAGGUUUGUGUCCUAUAUACGCAGCAGUCAGGAAAGCCGACGUUCAAUUCCUCGAGCUACUGCUGGAAAAUGGUGCUCAAGUGUCCUUCAGCCACGAAGAGCAGACGCCGCUGAUUGAAGCGGUGCGAUUCUACGGCAGGUGGGGUGGCAUAAGAGCGAGUAUCGCAGUCGUGACCAAACUCGUCGAGCACGGGGCAGACGUGAAUCGACCGGACCGCCAAGGGUGCACUCCGCUGAUGCACGCCAUAAAACAGAAGCCGGAUCUUGAAAUUUGUAAGGUCCGGAUCUCCAAGGGAGCCGAUGUCAAUGUCCGCAACUGCAAAGGCGAAAGUCCACUGCAUAUUGCCAUGUCGUCACGGGAAAUCGAAGUUUUGAAGCUUCUGGUUUCGACCGGCGCCAAUGUCCAAGCCCAGGACCUCGAUGGAAAGACAGUGCUACAUGCUGCUGUGUAUACUCUCAAUUUUAACCUGGUGAAAUCUAUUAUCGAUAGCGGCGCGCAGCAGGGAAUCCUUGAUAACGACGGUCAAACGGCUUUCCAUAUGUUCCUUCAGAGGCAUAUAUAUUCCUGCGUCCGCGGCGAAGCCAACACAGGGGGAGUCCUGGAGGAUUGGAUUCAAUGUUUUGCACGCUUCUACCCUUCCUCCCAGGACUUUAUCAAUCAAACUUGUCAGGACGGGAAGGCAUUCGGAUGUGCAGUCGAUAAGCAAGCUUGGCCAGUGCUGGAAGUCCUAUUAUCCUACAACGCUGCUUUACCCACUGGAAGUGAACUCCUUAGUUGCUUCCACCGAGCAGUCUUUCAACACACGCCGGAAAGAAUACAAGUGUGGGGGAAACAUGCGGAUCUCAGCCCGAUCAACCGGCAUAUAAUGUUCGCGUACUUGAUACAUCUUUCGCAGACGUUUUACUCGGAGUAUAUAAACGACGAGCCAGAUAUUGAAACCUUGAUGCGCGAAUCCCGGCCUAUCCCUCUUCGUCCGGUAAAAUUUCCUAUUUAUGGAGACCAGGAAGAUAUUUAUUGUCAAGUUCUGAAAGCGCUGAGCGAAGCGGGAUUUCACACCAACGUCGUGCUUGACGAGAUAUUCGUUAAUGCUAUUGCCGUACAGUAG